AUAGGAUCCCUACUUUUUCUGCUAUCUGUCUUGUGUGUGUGUGUCUGUGUGUGUCUGGGGGCAGCGCUGAUCUGCCUAAAAGUUCAUACGCUCUUAACGCGGACGCGCAGCGAGAUUCUGUGACAUUCAGCUUCUCACUGCUUCAGCUCCACUGACCUGACUGGACUCUUCACACUUCACCUGCGAGAAGAGAGGGAGAGAGAAGGUGUUCAGAUCUCUUAUAGCCUACUACAGAAGUGCGAUGGAUUCGUGGAGAAUCGCAGCUUUGCUCCUUGCUGCCUGCCUCAGCGCGUCAACUUCAGACCAGUUCGAUACGGAAUGUUAUACAGCAAAUGGAGAGGACUAUAGAGGCCGACAGAACCAGACCAGCCUGCAAGGGGGGAGGCCGUGCCUUUUCUGGAACGAGACUUUCCAACAUCCAUACAACACCCUCAAAUACCCCAAUGGAGAUGGAGGCCUUGGACCCCACAACUUCUGCAGGAACCCAGAUGGAGAUGUCCGGCCAUGGUGUUACAUCGCAGAUCUUGAAGACGGAAUCUACUGGAAAUACUGUGAUAUUCCGACCUGCCAAAUGCCUGGUAAUCUGGGCUGUUUUAAGGACAGCGGCGAUCCAACACCUCUAUCCGGAGGCUACCAGACCUCCAACAAACUCACCAUUCAGAACUGCAUCAGCUUCUGCCGUAACCAAAGAUACAAGCUCGCCGGUAUGGAAUCAGGCUAUGCUUGUUUCUGUGGCAACGACCUUGAUUAUCAUCGUCACGGUGAUGCUCCGAGCACAGAGUGCAACCAUGUGUGUUUUGGAGACCACACCCAGCCAUGUGGAGGCGACGGACGUGUCAUUGUCUUCGACACAAAAGUAGGCGCUUGUGGAGGAAACUACUCAUCGCCCUCUGCAGUAAUCUACUCUCCUGACUUCCCAGACAAAUACAGACCUGGCAGGGUCUGCUACUGGACCAUUCAGGUUCCAGGUGCUUCCGUUCUUCUGUUCAACUUUACUUUCUUCAAUAUCGUGGACCAGACUGAUAUGGUGGAACUGUUGGAUGGAAACUCCAAUCGGGUGGUGGCACGAUUCGAUGGCCGCAAUCCACCGCGGGACAUCGUGAACAUCACCGCAGACUUUGUCAUUUUGUAUUUUUUCUCAGAUAGGACAAAUGAGGCCCAGGGAUUUUCUGUUCUUUAUCAUGCUUUAAGCAAUCAAGGAGUCAGACCUGUGGAAGAGGAUGACGAUGGUGAUGAAGAGGACACCAGUACAGUGCGGCCUGGUACGGGAAGCACUACAGCAAAAUCAAAUACCAGUCAGAGUGGAAAAUCCUCGCUCCUGUACUCACAUCAAUCACAUGUAAUCACAUCAAGUCCUGCAAACAUGCCAGGUCAGUGGCCUGGACCGGGUCGGACCACAGGCCACAGCACCAUGUGGACCAUCUACGCAUUAGCUGCUCUGCUAACGCUAACAGUCAUAGCCAUGGUAGCUAAGCUGCUCCUGCAUCUUACUGUAAAAUCCCCAUCCAUCCCGUCAAUCAGCGGGUCAGAUUCGUGUGCGCAGAGCACUACGUCUGAACCCUGGAUCAUCUUCUACAGACCUUCCACCAUCUCUCUGUUUAAGAAGAAACUCAAGAACCACCAUGGAGACCUCAGCCCUCUCGUGGGAAACUAACCUCAACGCCUCUGACCUCUACGGCUGCUUUAGCCCCCUAAAAGAUGCACACACUGUACGCAAUGCUGGUCUUCUGCUGCUGGGCGUUGAAAAGGGAUCCGACCGGUCCCUACUUCACUUCAAAUGACCAGCGCAGGGCCCAGUCUAAACGUGCCGAUCGGUUGUUGGUAAGAAACAAAUAAACUGCGCAAAAUGAGCUGGCCAAUGCGCUUACUCUCAAUUUGCAUCUCAACAAAUCAUGUGACAGGUGCACAAAUAAACCAAGCGAUUUGAUUAGCAAAGGAGCGCUGGAAUGUUUCUGUUGCCACAGACCAAAACGAACAAAUGACCAAUGGCGAAAAAAAUGGAUAAAGUGGCCCAGCUGUUUCUUUCUCUGCUUUCACAGAAGUGAUCAACCGAUAAGCGUCCGCAUUAAAGAAAGCGUGAGACUCCAUGUGGAGCACACUGAAAGACAAAACCACUUACAUAACCAAAAAAAAAAAGAAAAGAAAAAAAAAUCCACGGAGCCCCUCUGGAGAGAGAUACGAUUCUGCUUCACUCGCUCUUUAACCUCUAAUGUAGGUCACCUGUUGUUGAGGAGGACAGAACUCCUUUCUUCAGAUGUAAGAGAGCUGGCUGAACCGGCGGAGGAUUGAUGUCACAAUCAUGUCGAGAGCAAUUCAGACUCAAAGUGAACAACAACAAAAAAAGAGAGAGAGAGAGAGAGAGAAUCGACGAGAUGGACUGCGGAGGACCAAAGCCUGAAAUUACUACAAGUUGGGCAAUGUUCAAAACGAGCUGUAGUUGAGACAUCCCUAUGGACCUCGCUUUCGUCUCUCGUCGUUUGUGUUGGGUUUUGAUCUUUCUGCAUUGCCUUUAAGUGCCUUCAGGACUGAAAAAAACUCUUUUCUUUCUUUUAAGCUGUCAUAAUGUCUCUAUGAUGUAAAAGCAUUGAUCCUUUGGAGCAUUGAAUUGCAAAUGAGAAUAAGCACUAAGGGAGUGUUUUUUUCUUUUUUCUUGGGGAUUCUCAAGAUAAAUGUAGUCCUGUGGGUGUCAUUGGGGCAUAUUAUUCUUGUCAGGUUUUCGACUUGAGCAAGAGAAUCAUUGUGAUGAACAUUGUGUAAUUCUAUGUGGGAACAAUCGAACGUCAUCCCCUUUCAUUUCACUCCCCAACAGAGGCUGUGGUGAAAUUCUUCCAAAACAAUUUGCUCUUUCUCCCCCUUCACCACAACUCGAGCUCUCACAUUCUGAAGCACUUUUCCAGCCAGCCAAAAACCAUGCGGAUCACUGCACUGCUAGCUGCGAGGAUUGCAAAGGAACGCGCAAACCGGUUAAAGGGUUGGUUCACCCAAAAGUGAACAUUCUGUCAGCAUUUACUCACCCUCAUGUCGUUCCAAACCUGUAUAACGUUCUUAGAACACAAAAGAAGAUAUUUUCAGCGAAUGUUUCAAUUGUUUUUGUCCAAGUCAGUGGGAUCCAAAAAAACAUUGGGCCUCAUUAAUGAUUUUUUUUUGUGUGGAAAUUGGGCAUAAAGCAAAAGUGUUUUUUUUUUUUAUGUUA